UUGCCAGGGCCGCGCGGUUGCCAGGGCCGCGGUUCGGCGCGGUGGCGGCUCUGCCGCCCUCCUGUCCGGCCCGCCGCCUGCCCGGGGCCAUGGUGAAGCUCGCUGCCAAGUGCCUGCUGGCAGGAGAUCCAGCUGUGGGGAAGAGUGCUUUAGCCCAGAUGUUUCGGAGUGAUGGGGCUCAUUUUCAGAAGAACUACACACUGACAACGGGCAUAGAUCUGUUGGUAAAGGCUGUAUCGGUUCCAGAGACAAGUGAUAGUGUGGAAUUCUUCAUUUUUGACUCUGCAGGAAAAGAUCUAUUUUCUGAGAUGCUGGAGAAACUGUGGGAGCAACCCAAUGUUCUGUGCCUUGUGUAUGAUGUCACUAAUGAGCAAUCUUUCAACAACUGUACCAAAUGGUUGGAGAAGCUGAGGGCUCAAGCAGUUGGGGUGCACAUCCCAGGUGUCUUAGUGGGGAAUAAAACAGACCUAGCUGAUCGCCGAGUUGUGGAGCAGAAAGAAGCACAGAAGUGGGCUGAGAAACAUGGCCUGGAAUACUGUGAGAUAUCAGUGAAGGAGAUGAAAAAUUUUGAGGCCCCUUUCCACAUCCUGGCAAAGUUAUUCCACCAACUCUACAAAGAGAAAGUGGAAACUUUUCACUCACUAGCCUGACUGGUAUGACUUAUUUAUCCUCUAAGCUUCUUCUGGUGCCUAGAAUACUGCUGGAUGGAAUACAGAGAGAAGAAAAAAGAUGAGCUAUUUGCUUCUUCAUGGUCAUCUUCUGGUAAUUCAAAAUAAACUAGAAAUAAGCAAGUGGAAAGACACUCUUCUGAAGUUGCUACCUCAGCAUUCCUUUCAUGUCCUCUAACUUAGUUCUCUGCUCACUGAAAAUCUGCUAGGUUGGAGGAGGCAGGGAGUAAAAGGGAAGGGCAGAAUAGAAAUUGCCAGCUCUUUGCUUUGAUAUCUUCUUGUCUGAACAGACUUCCUGCUGCUACAAGCAAGGAUUUAGAGGUUUGGAAACAGAGAGAGGAAGCUGACAGGAUGCUUUUCGACUUAAGCAACCCAGCCCUGAUACAUACAUUGCAGGGCAGGACUGAUUUGGCCCUACCUCUUGAAAAGCAUUUUCUGGAGGAGGCCUAUGCCCUAAAAUCAGCACCUGGAUACUGAGAUGUGUGGGGACUGAGCUGGAUUUAGGUGUGUUUCUAGGAGUGCCCACAGUUUGAGGCCUGUUUUAACAGUGUUGCCCUUAGCAGUUGUAGGAGUGAUAUGCUGGUGACUAAUACGUGUUUCUGAUUUCUAGAAUGUUUCUUUCCUUCGACAUGGCUCACUGUCACUGCCUGGUGGGAACUGUCUCGCGUCCGUACCGCUGUCACUUGGUGACGCAGUGCCCUCUGCUGGUCCCAGGUCACAGGAGUUCUACAGAGCCUGCCACCUCCCUUGAAGUGAGCGGGAAGGACUUCCUGCAGGCACAUCCAAAUUGGUUAAUCUGCAAAAUGGGGUCAAAUUGCAAGAAUACCUCUUCUAUUCUAAAGACAAGUCCAAAAUGUAGAACAAAUUACCUAUUCUUCGUUAUGUCUUUGUCAUCUUAUGUAUUUUUGUAUCAUUUUUAUCAGCUGAACUUGGCAAUACCUUUCUGAUUAACUUCAGUUCUCAAUCCAAAAUCAAAGUCCUGUUUCUUGUUAAACUCUCCCUGCUUGUCAUUGACUUUAGGAUUAAAGACCACAGUUCUGGUGUUGCUAGUGGAAACGGGACUAGGGAAAUGAAAGACAGCCUGGAUAAGUUACUCUGACUCAGCCAUGUCUGGGUAGAAGUUUCAUAUUAGAAAGGGUGGAAGCCUAGAGAGAGCUGCUCUUUUGUGUGGAGCACUGACAUUGCGUGUGUGAGUUGCUGUUAAUGCAGAAUGCAAAAGCAUCCGUGGAAAGGUCCUGGCUUGUAACUGAGCCUAACACCGAGAGUUUCAAAAAUUUAACCAUUCUCCCAGAUUAUGGUAGAUUCCCUUGAGGAAGAGAAGCUGAAUUUUUUAGAGAGUAAGCACUGAGUGAUUUUUCAGGCAGGCUUUUCAGGAAUCUGUGUUUCAAAACUUUUAUACUUAUGGUUUAUAAUCAUUUUUAUGCCCAGUGCUAGGAAAAGUACAUUGAAUUGAACAUAAGAAAUAUGGCUGCAGAUGUUGUAGUAGAGUUUAUGAAGCACUUCAAGAAUCUGGAGAAGCAGCUGGGCUCGUUUCACUGACAACAGUGUGUUGAUGCUGGGAAUUAACUAGGAAACAUGAAUACCAGCUAAAGAGGUUAAGUAGGAGCUCAACCUACACAAAACAAAAAAGAAGUUCUUUUGCUAGAAGCCAUGUCAAAAAUUACAGAACAACUGGGAAGCUCCUGCUUUCUCCAAAGAAGGAAGGGGUCCUCCAUGAUCUUAGGGUAACUAGAAGACUCACUUGUUUUUGAAUUGGAUUGGCAUUACUGGCAUAUGUAUCUUAUAUGGGUUGUCUUGUUAAUCCUGGGAGUUGUCUGUUGGUUUACAUGGGCUGAGUAGACCCUUGCCUGCAGGUGCUGGUACCUCUGACUAUUGAGGAUAAAAGUUAUUUUGAAUGCUGUGCUGAUCUAGUUAAAGAACUAAAGAAGUUUUAUUUUGAUUUGAUAGGUCAUUUCCCCCUGGUUCUAUUGAUGAUAUGAUUACAACACAAGACACAUGUUUCUUCAUAUUGAAAAUAACAUACCAGAUGUGUAUGCCACCUGUGACCUAGUGUACAUAGGGGGUAUGAAUGCCUUGGGAAUAGGUAAUAAAAUGAAUCCUAUGCAUUAACCAGGGAGUCUAUCUCUCUGCACCAGAAGGACCUCCCAUAACUUCAAAUAAACACUUUAAAUGCACCAGUAAGAUGAAGAUUGGUGAAUUCUGUUUUAUUAAAUGAAUGCAAAAGCUGGAGGAUCUCAUUAAGGGAAUGCUUGCAGUGGUGAUUUGUGAUUUAUAGGGAAGCUGCUUUUGAGAGGUUAGUGAAGAAAAAUGCAUCCCAUGCAGGGAAAGAUAUAUUGCCUGAGAGAGGAAAUGUAUGAUCCAAUUAGCUAGCAGUAGGGAUUCACCCGCUGCCCCUUUCCCUCUUCCACAGGCCAUAAAUACAAUUGGAAAAGAAGUGGUGUCUAAAGCAUGUUGUCCAACUUGCUUUUUACACGACUAUUUCAAGCACUAAUGUAGACACAGUUUAAUGUCCUUCAAAAGGGUGUGUUUGACAAUAACCAUCCAACCCUGCAUUUUAAAAGCAAAAUAUGUUGUCCUUCCUGCCUCAUGUGCUAUAUAAUACCAGCAUGAUGCAGGUGGUGCUUGUUGCUAUUUUCCUGGCUUAUUUGUGACCUUGAUUGUAGAGGUCAGUAGUGAAAGAGUAGGAAGAGAACACGAGAGCCAGACGUGGGAAGGCUGUGGAAAAUAGUUUUGUGUCUGUGUGAAGGAGUUCAGGGUGGUGAGUACGUGAGCUGGGCAAGCAGGAUGAGUAAGAAUCUGAAGCCAUUAUUAAGUUUCUCUUACUGUAUUUACAAACUGUUGUGGUCACAUCUGUAGGGUGAGAAUGUGUGUUUGCUGCCUACAGCCUUAGCAUCAGUCUGAAUUACGAGCGCUGUGGAGAACAGUGGGAGGAAGACAGAAAGCCUCUCUGCUGACCAGGAAGCUUGUUGUCUUCUUACAGCUCCCCUGCUUUGUCCAGCUGUGCAGUGCUGCAGGUGCUCGGCAUGAGCAUUACAACACAGAAAAGACCCAACUCAACCAAACUGAAAUGUCAAAAGAAGGGGGAGGAAACAAACAGGCCUUUAACUGUUUUUAAUAGAUAUGUAGUCCUUUUUCCUGCUUGCAUGUUUGAUUAGGCAAAACCAUUUCUUUCUUCCUUGGAGCCCCUCAUUCCUGCCUUUCCUGUGGUCCUCGUGGUUUUGCUCAGAAUCCCUGUUAUACUUGUGCCCUGCUUUACUUAGCUUGAUACAUCACCAGCUGAUUUUUUUUUUAUCCUUCUAAUUUCUGCAUUAUCUAUUCCUGAGGCUGCAAGACAUUUCUUCUUAGAUAGAUUAAUAGAAGAAAGAAAACAAAAGUGGAAUUUUUAGUCAAAUUGUCUUGAAAGAAAGAACCUUAAGAAGCUGUCUGACAUUUUGAAAUUUUACUGGAAAUUCAUUUGUGUAAAGUUGUCAUAUUAAAGAUGCUUUAAUGGGUUUGUUUUGUCUUGCCAGACUACUGUGCAGUGAAAUGCAGGAUGUAAAAUUCCAGAAAGAUCAGGUUUUAUUGUGGGAGUAAUAGGAGUUUCAAAGCUGAUCCUACUGUGAUAAGAUCUGUUCAGUCUUAACAAUGGAGUGGUCACUGCUGUUCAUAAUAAAGCAUUAAAUAUACUGAAA